AUGGGCGAAGUAAGUAGCUUUUUAUCUAGGUGUGUUCAAUCAAACUAUCCUACAAGUCUUCUUCCCCAUUUAUCCCCAAUCCCAUUCACCACCGCCCCCAAACACCUGCAACCACCACCGCCAUUACCACCACACCCACCGCCUUCCGCCGCUCAACCAUCACCUUCCCUCAUCACGACCAUCCACCGAUUCACACCACCGUCAGUCACCCACCGACUUCAACCACCGCCAUUACCACGAUCUCCACCACCAUUCACACCGGUCAACCUCCUCAGCCACUGCCACCACCGUUUCAACCGUUGGACCACCAUUUCCGACGCCACACCACUCCGCCGGAACUCUGUUUCUAAUUAUAAACGUAGUGAGACGUAUACUUGUGAAGAGAAAUUUAUUCAAUCGGAUGAGCGUUUAAGACCAAAGAACAGGGGUGUUAGUGUUCCUCCACCAGGGAAUAAGUUCUAUCUAAAUCGCCUUCAUUUUAUGGGGGAUGAUCAGUCGGAUGAAGUUACCGUCACAUUACCAGAGCUUCUUUAUCCUGUUGAAACCCUUAAACAGGUUUUCAUUGCAACUUUUACAAGUGAUUUAUCAUGGUUUUUAUCUUACUGUGAGAUUCCUGCUCAUUUACCGUUAUCCAUUGCUUGCCAUAACGCCGAAAGGUGUUGGAGUUCAAGCCCUGACAAAAGAACCUCAAGACCUUACGCAGAUUUUCCGAACUUAGUUGUUAUAUACCCACAAUUUCCUGAAGCUUCCAGUUUUCUUGUUUGUGUUUUGGUACUUAACAAUAUUCUUCUGGGUUUGGUCUGUCCACAAGGUGUGUGA